AUAUAAACGGUUUACAUUGAUCAGCAGAAAUGGACGGCUUUACAACCACCUUCGAACAGGUAAAACUUCAACUCCCUUCUCAGUAUUCCUCCAAAACAAACACCCUAUGACACCUACACCAGCAGCGCAAGUGGGCAUGGAGCCACCAGAAUGUCCAGUUUGCCUACAAUCCUACGACGGCGACACCACAAUUCCCCGCGUACUCGGAUGCGGGCAUUCAGCGUGCGAGCCCUGCCUCGCACACCUCAAUCUCCUUCGCCCUAUCACCCUCCCGCACACCCUACGCUGCCCAUCUUGUACUCAGCUCGUCAACUUCCCUCAUCCUCAAGGCCCCUCCGCACUCCCUAAGAACAUCGACCUCCUCCGUUUCUCUCUCCUCCUCCAAGACCAAGACCGAGACCAAGACCAACACACCAACUCAAAACCCCAAAAGAAUAACUCCAACAAACCCCUUCUUAAUGACAAUUCCUCUUUACGACGUCGUUUUCUACCUCGAAUAUGGUCGGAGGAGUUGUAUUCUGCUUGGAAGGACUGGAUUCUUCCCUACGGCGCGGUUUCGAUUGAGGAUGAAUUGGUCAGUACUACUGGUAGAAUUAACAUUAGUUCCAAUUUUGUGGAUUUGAGUUUAUCUUCUAUUAUGCGGUGUCGUUUAGUUGAAAAUCAUGUGGUUGGUCUUGUUAAAGUUGGGCGUUUUGUGUUGAGUGAUCCUUUGUUGGAGUAUAGUUAUGUGGGUAAAAUUAUGAGGGUCCUUAGUUUGAUGAGUGAUUAUCAAAGGAAUGAAAUAAGUAACAUUUUGGGUGUUUCCAUGAAAUAUUCUAGAGUUUGCAGGGUUCUUGGGCUUUGGCUCAAUGUUGAAAAUGAUGGGUUUCUUUAUUUAGUUACUGAGAAAUUAAAUAAUGGGUUUUUGAAUUCGGGAAAUUUAGGAUAUGAGAUUGAUCAAUAUAACACGGAAUGGGGGUGUUUGUUGGGGUCAAUUGGUGUUGACUUGUGUGAAGCUAUUAUCAGUUUGCAUUCAGAAGGCUUUGUGUGUGGUUUUUUAAAUAUGUCUUGCCUUUGCUUUGAUGAGUUUGGGCAUGUUUGCAUUGAUAUAGGCGAGGCCUUGGUGAUGGGAAGGAAGUUCCGUCAGUGUUUUGUGGAGGGAAUCAAAGGUGGGCGGGAAAUCGAUGGUUUUGACGUUGAACUGUUUAUUGGGAAUAUGCUGGACAUGGGUGCAUUUGUGAGCCCAGAGGUGUGGAUGGAGUUGCUUGGUAGGGAAAAUAUUGAGGUAGAUAAAAAUGAUGUGAGUUACCCAGUUUGUUAUAAAUCUGAUAGCUGGUUAUUAGCCUGUGUUUUGAUAAAUCUCCUUAUUGGGAAUAAGAUUUCUGUAGAGAUGUACAAUUACUUGAAAUUUGUCUUUCAAGGAAAGAAUGAGCGAGUUUCUGAGUAUAAAAUCAAUUAUCUUCAGUGGAUAGAAACGAUAAAUGCUAUGUUGGAGCCGUCAGUGGGUACUGAAUAUGCAUCAGUACAUGAGAUUUUGCUCAAAUGCUUGGCUUUUGAUCCAGGAACUAGACCACUUGUAACUGAUGUGUGGAAGUGUAUCAAAGGAUUGAGAUCUUACCAUUUUAUUAAUAAUGUCUCUAGCUUGGAUAGUGGAUCCAUGAAGGAGAACAUUGGCCAAUGUUUGGCUUUGGGAGAGCUGUGCAAUAUUUUAAAUGAUGCAAGAAACGAAUCAAGAAUAUCCAAGUUACCCGAGGAACAUGAUGAUUGUAAACCAAACCGUAAUCUGGUGGGGGAAAAUACAGUUGAUAAUGUUGUUAAGGGACUAUCUGCUGGUAAAUUGCAAUGUAAGGUUUUGCAAGGCCAUCUGGAUUGUGUAACAGGAUUAUGUGUUGGAGGAGGGUAUCUUUUUAGCUCAUCAUUUGAUAAAACAAUCAAUGUGUGGUCUUUACAGGAUUUUGUGCAUGUGCAUACGUUUAAAGGUCAUGAGCACAAAGUCAUGGCUUUGGUCUUUUUAAAUCAAGAAACGCCUCUGUGUAUCAGUGCUGACAGUGGAGGUGGUAUAUAUGCCUGGGAAAUAAAUGAGACUUUAGCUCAAGAACCCUUGAAGAAGUGGUAUGAGGAAAAAGAUUGGCGUUAUAGUGGCAUUCAUGCCUUAGCUGUUUCCGAAUCUGGUUGUCUCUACACUGGCAGUGGUGACAGGUUGAUAAAAGCUUGGUCAUUAAGGGAUUAUACCCUGCUGUGCAGCAUGGAGGGUCAUAAAUCAGUGGUUGCUACCCUAGCAUUGUGCAAUGGAAUUCUGUACAGCGGAAGUUGGGAUGGUACCGUUCGAUUGUGGUGUCUUCACGAUCACAGUCCUCUAGCAGUAUUUGGUGAAGACAUUCCUGGGACAGUGUCAUCUGUGCUAUCUCUUGUUGUGGACCAAAAUAUGAUCAUUGCCGCUCAUGAGAAUGGCUGUAUAAAGAUGUGGGUUGAUGAUGAAUUUAAAACGUCAACAAAAAUCCAAAAUGGGGCCACUCUUGCUCUUGCAAUGGAUGGGAGGUGGCUUUUUCUUGGAGGAUGGGGCCGGACUAUAAACGUCCAGGAGAUAACAGGAUCUGAAUCUGAGAUGGAUAUUUUAGAAGUUGGAUCUAUUGCUUGCGAUUCUGUAAUAACAGCUAUACGGUGUGUACAAGGGGCUCUGUUUGUUGGAUAUGCUAACAAACUUGUCAAGCAAGGAAAGUUGAAUGGAGGAGGCCCUUUUCCGAAGCUGCAUCACCAAGCUUGUUCUGGUUUGUAAUGGCUCCCAAAGGAAGAGUUGAUACUUAUAUUUGUUUGUUUCUAUAUUAGAGGAACCGGAUUAGAAUUCAACUGAAGAAUCACAUUCCCGAUCAGAGUUGCAGUUUACAUAGUUGUGUAAGUAUUGUACAUAAAUGGUACCUGGCAAAUUUCUAAUAAUUCGAAGUACCAUUCUUUGGUUUUGAUAGCCUGUUAUUGGGUUGUUCGAUUCAACAAUGAAAAGUCCUAGUUUAUGACCCAUCUAAUGUAUGAAAUUAUAAAGUAUAAGAUACAUGUAAGUGGAAUAUACUUCUUUUGUUUUA